AUGCUUGAUGUAUCUCGUGAUAAUGGAGUUCCCGCACCGUAUCCCACGCAAGAAGCUAAUGAUGUUCAUAUUACUUUGGAAGAAGACGCAUUCUAUGAGCGUGACAACGAUGAGAUUCCAUUGCCACGUUCCAUUCAAGAAGAUCCCAACUUCGAUCGUGCUGACCGGGAAUUCGAGAAACGCUUCAUGGAAAAUGAGUUCGGUUAUGUUUGUGACGUUUGUGCCAGAAUUUGGUUCAGGAAUGAUCUUAAACCAAACACCAAUCCCGAGGCCGCCGUUUUAUUGGCGACGAACUAUUUUGUCACAGUCGAAGAUUUCUCAGCAUGUGUUACAUGUCGCAGCAGCCUGAAACGUGGCUCGAUUCCGGUUUUGUCACAAUCGAACGGUUUCACAUAUCCUUGCUUUCCACCAAAUCUACCACCACUAGAUCCAUUGACUGCAAGACUAGUUUCACCGAGAAUAAAUUUUAUGCAACUUCGUCGCUUACGCCAUGCAUUUGGCGAUCGUUGGGCAAAUUAUAAAGUUCCUGUGGAUGUGGCCCAGAUGGUGAACGAGCUUCCCCGCCAAUUGGAUGAUGAUUAUGCGUUCAAUGUGUCUAUCAAGAAGCACAUGAUCCAUAAAUCCAGUUAUUUGUCCGGAUACGUCAAGAAACGAACGGUUAAGGCUUGGCUUAACUAUCUUGUCACCACACCGUUGUAUCGACAGAACAACAUUGUCAUCAACGAAGAGAAUCGGGUGAAUAUCGGACAAGUGCAGCAACCCGGAUCACAUCAGAUUGAUUUAGAGGUCAUUGACCCUUCGAACGACACAGAGCUUCUGAUCGGCCAACAACACACGCUCUUGUGGGAUGAAGACAAGUGCCUCGAGAUCGCACCGGGGCAAAAUCAAACUCCGCUCUCUAUUAUCUAUGACGAGUAUGCUGAAGAGUUGGCUUUCCCAGAUAUUUAUCUGGGUCAUCCGAGAACGUUCAGUUCUGAGGUUCGCGUAACUCCAUUCAUGAUGGCUACCAGCGAAAUUAGACGCCGUGAUCGACGAGGGGCGAAGCCGGAACAUAUUCUUUACAUGGCGGUGAAGAUCAUGCGUUUAAGAGUAUCUGAAGGGUUGAGGAACACCUUCAAAUGCAUGGGUACAGCCAAUAUUACGCGUGCUCAGUUGCAAGACAAAGCGUUUUUAGAGCAAUGCAUCGAGCAUAACCUAUCGUUUCUGAAAUCUAUUCCCAAUUCCGUUCAAUACUGGCAGCAAAGAAAACGAGACGUCUUCGCUAUGAUUCGUCAAUUGGGAAAGCCAACUAUGUUUUUGACAAUGAGCGCAAGCGAAGUUCGAUGGUCGCACCUGCUUACCAUAUUGCACAGAUUGUCCAACGGGAGCAAUGAGGCAGGUUUUUCAGAUGUGAUGCAACAACUUACUGCAUUGCAACGAGCCACGCUUGUCAGCGAAGAUCCGGUAACAUGUUGUGCAUACUUCAACAAGCUGGUCAAUGUGGUUAUGAUGUUACUCUCAUCCACAAGAUACAGUCCUUUCGGUGAAUACUUUGUUGUUGAUUACUUCAAACGCAUAGAAUUUCAACACCGUGGAAGUCCACAUGCGCACAUUCUUCUUUGGUUGGCCAACGAUCCCCGUGAACAGAUGUCGGAGAAUAUGCCUGGAACUGUUAAGUUAAUAGAUUUCCUCUGCUCCGUUAGUUCUGAGAAUUUACCUGAAACCUACAGCAAUCAGGUUCAUAAACAUACCUUCACUUGCUUUAAACGCAAUGAUAAGCGGUGCCGGUUCAACAUACCAUACUGGCCGAUGGAUCAAACUAGAGUUCUGAUCCCAAUCACGGCAGGUGAUGGCAGACGAGAUCAAUUGAGUCGACGUGCUGCCAAAAUGCGGGAUACCCUAGAAACGAAGGUUUUCGACACUCUAGAAGCGUUCCUUGCUGACUCUAACUGCACUUUCGACUAUUAUCUCGAUGUUAUACGUUCGUCCAUCCGCCGACCGACCGUCAUUAUGAAACGUUCAAUGACACAGCUUUGGAGCAAUCCUUUCAACCCGUGGAUCGCUAAGAUACUGCGUUCCAACAUGGAUCUGCAGUUUGUCUUGGAGGAAUUCUCUUGUGCUGCCUAUGUCGUUGAGUACGUGAACAAAACGAAUAAGGGUAUAAGCAGUUUGCAUCGCGAACUGAUAAAACUCCAGGAAGAGCAUCCUGAACAGGACUACAACGGUUUGCUUAAAAAGGUCAGCAUUAAAAUGCUCAACACGGUGGAAAUGUCUGCCCAGGAAGCUGCAUGGUAUAUGCUUCGCCAACCAAUGUCGGAAGCUAGCCGUAAGGUGGAAUUUAUUCCGACAAUGUGGCCGCAUCAGCGCAUCAAAUCCAGGAAACGGAUAAAACAAAUGGACGAAGAAGGGCUAGAGAAUGAUUCCACUGAUGUAUGGACUCUCAAUAUUAUUCAACGAUAUGAAUCGCGUGAAGGGAUGGACGAGGUAUGCUUGGUGGACUUUGCUGCCCAUUAUACAGAGGAAAGGGGCAGAAAGAACUCAUAUAAGAUGCGAAGAAUACCCCGUGUGCUGCGAUGGUGCUCAUACAGUAUGGCGGAACUAGUUGAAUAUAAACGAGAAAUGGUGUUACUUUUUCUGCCAUUCAGGAAUGAAGUCUGUGCUAUUCUGGAUCGCAACAAAUUCCUUGCUCUGUAUGAAGACAACGAGACGACUAUUCUCGCCAAGCGUAAACAUUAUGACUGCGAGAUCAACCUGGAUCAGGUCGUGGAGGAAUACCUUCGCCUGUCUACUGCAAAUGAAGAGCAGCAGGAGGUUGCUAGCAGUAAGCGUGAUGAGUUCGCCCGUACGAUCGUAAUGGAGCCAAACAACGACGACAUUCACAACUUGCCCACUGGACCCUUAGCGGCAGUUGUAAAGCAGCGCUCCCACCUCAUGUCAAAGCAGGACUAUUGUGCCAUGGUGCGUGCUACUAAUCCAGAGCAAAGGGAUUUGAUUUUACAACUAAUCCACUCUCUAUACAAUUUUGAUGGAGAUGAGAAGCCCAUGCAGAUCUUCUUCACUGGACCUGCUGGAUGUGGAAAAACAUUCACACUCCGCAUCCUGAUGGAGACUGUCAAUCGCUUCAGCCAAACACAAAACAGCCAGAACAACGCAUAUGUUGCAUGUGCGUCAACUGGUAAAGCGGCCGUCGCCAUUGGUGGAACUACGGUCCAUUCAGCUUUCCGUAUCACGAUGUCCAGGAGAAACUGCACGAAGCUGUGUCCCGAAACAUUGCAGCUGUACCGUAGCGCUUUUUCCAAAAUUCACGUUGUCAUCAUCGACGAAGUAAGCAUGAUUGGUGCUGAUGUGCUGAACACUAUCCACGUUCGCCUCCAGGAAAUAACGGGAAAUUUGCGGUGA